CACAUGCGGGCAGCAAGAGGGUGGGCGACAGGGGAGCAGCACCAUCGCUCAUGGAUGGUCGAGGUUGCAGUAUCACCCCACGUCACCACACACCACAAGAGCCUUCCCCCCAGGUUCAGGUUCAGGUUCAGGUUCAGGUUCAGGUGUUUUUUUUGGUACUGGCUCGAGUGGUGCUGUGGUCGGCAUCACAUGCACAUGCACCAUCCAUUCUGCACUUGCACAGCUUUCAACCGUUCUUUCCCUUUUCGCCUGGUUCACUCCAACUCAUUCCUCCCCGCCCUCCCCGCUCUCUCCUCUUUGUCCUCCAUGUCCCCCUCCCUUCCAGGCCUGCGCAUGCUGAGUGGAAGGGCGGCCAACGAGCACCAAGGUGGGCAGCAAGAGGGCGGGCGGCAGGGGAACACCACCAUCGCUAAUGGAUGGUGAGGUUGCAGUAUCACCCCACGCCUCCACAAACCACAAGAGCCUUCCCCCCAGGUUCAGGUUUAAGUGGAGGGGCGGCAAUCGAGCGCCAAGGGAGGAGGAGAACCAAGGCGGGCAGCAAGAGGGCGGGCCAUUGCCAUUGCUCAUGGAUGAUCGAGGUUGCAGUAUCACCCCUCCACCACACACCACAAGAGCCUUCCCCCCAGGUUCAGGUUCAGGUAUUAUCUUUGGUACUGGCUCGAGUGGUGCUGUGGUUGGCAUCACAUGCACAUGCACCGCUUUCAGACUUCCUUUCCCUUUUUGCAUGGAUCCCUUUCAUUGGUCACUACCUGCUGCCACGCACUCACUUUCUCUCUCUCUCUUUCCCCCUCUUCCUGUGCCUGGCAGGUCCUUACUUCCAAGCCCCCCCUGCCCCGCCAAGGUGCAAGGAAGCGCCAACACCUGCAGCGCCAACGCCUGCAGCGCCAAUGCCUGCACGCCAGUAGCGCCAUCGCCUGCUGGAAGUCGUCUUCAAGCAGAGCAGAGCUGCAGAGCUAAGUACCCGCCCUCUUCCUCCUCUCCAUGCAUUCAUUCA